AUGGCGACGGCCGCGAACGACGUCGAGCUGCACCGGGCUCCCGAGCCCGAGGGCGGCGCUCUGCAGACGGCCAAGGAUCUCUUCUCCGGCGCCGCGGGCGGCAUCACGCAGGUCCUCGUCGGGCAGCCCUUCGACAUCGUCAAGGUCCGCCUCCAGACGUCGACGGCGCACACGUCGGCCCUCGAGGCGGCGACGGCCAUCUACAGGAACGAGGGCCCGCUCGCCUUCUACAAGGGCACGCUGACGCCGCUCGUCGGCAUCGGCGCCUGCGUGUCGAUCCAGUUCGGCGCCUUCCACCAGGCGCGCCGCCACCUCGAGGCGCGCAACGCCGGCCGCCCGCUGUCGUACGCCCAGUACUACGCCGCCGGCGCCUUGGCCGGCCUCGCCAACGCGCCCCUCUCCGGCCCCAUCGAGCACGUACGCAUCCGCCUGCAGACGCAGCCCCACGGCGCCGCCCGCCUCUACGCCGGGCCCCUCGACUGCGUCCGCGCCCUGGCCGCCCACGCCGGCGUCCUGCGCGGCCUCUACCGCGGCCAGGCCGUCACCCUGCUGCGCGAGGCCCAGGCCUACGGCAUGUGGUUCCUGUCCUUCGAGUACAUGAUGAACGCCGACGCCGCCCGCAACGCCGUCGCCCGCAAGGACAUCCCCAGCUGGAAGGUCGCCCUCUACGGCGGCCUCGCCGGCGAGGCCCUCUGGCUCGGCAGCUACCCGUUCGACGUUGUCAAGAGCAAGAUGCAGACCGACGGCUUUGGCCCCGCCCAGCGCUACGCCACCAUGCGCGACUGCUUCGCCCAGACGUACCGCGCCGAGGGCCUGCGCGGCUUCUGGAAGGGCAUCGCCCCCACCCUGCUGAGGGCCAUGCCUGUGAGCGCCGCGACCUUUGCGACGGUCGAGCUGACGAUGCGCCUCAUCAACUAG